CAUUCCAUUGAUUAUUCCACUUUUCAUUUUCGAUACUUUUCUGCUUUAUCAAAACUAGUACAACAAAUGAGAUAAUUAGGCUACUCAACUAGUUGUAAAUUGCUGCUCUCAACAAUGAUCAAGGCAAUUUUAGUGUUCAAUAACCAUGGGAAGCCGAGAUUAUCUAAAUUCUAUCAGUACUUUAAUGAAGAUAUGCAGCAGCAGAUCAUAAAGGAAACAUUUCAACUUGUGUCAAAGCGGGAUGACAAUGUGUGCAAUUUCUUGGAGGGAGGAAGUCUCAUUGGAGGUUCAGACUACAAGCUGAUCUACCGGCAUUAUGCGACACUGUACUUUGUGUUUUGUGUGGACAGCUCGGAGAGUGAGCUGGGCAUUUUAGAUCUAAUACAGGUAUUUGUGGAGACCCUGGACAAGUGCUUUGAGAAUGUUUGCGAGCUGGACCUCAUCUUCCACGCUGACGCUGCGCACCAGGUGUUAGACGAGCUGGUGAUGGGAGGGAUGGUGCUGCAGACCAACAUGGCUGACAUAUUGUGUAGGCUACAGGAGCAAAACAAGAUGCAGAAGGCUGAAGCCGGCAUAUCGGCGGCGCCGGCGCGCGCGGUGUCGGCGGUGAAAAGCAUGAACCUGCCGCAGCAGCUUCGCGACAUGCGACUUCCGGACCUGCCGCAAGCCAUUAAGGACCUGAAAUUCUGACCGCUGCAGCAGGCGUACCCCGCCACGCCCGUCGCCCUCGCCUCCAACAUCCUCAGCAGCAUCUGCCCCGACAAGUACCACCACCUCCAACCGGACAUAACCUCAAAGUUCUUCGGCAGCGAGACACUCUCCACCAAGUUCUCGGAGAGCUUCACGGAGAAUUAUCAGCAGACCGAAGGGAUCAACUUCCCGGAGUAUGAGAGUCAGAAGAAUGAAGGUUAUCAGGAUUUGAGUGGUGCGGUGGAGUAUAGGAAAAAGAAGAAGAAGAAGAGUAAGAAUUAGACGGAGAUAGAUGAUUUUUCUCUUCGGGUAAAUAGGAAAUCUAAAUAUGACAGAUUCUGUUAGUAUUUUACAUAUAACCUAACAUUCUGCUAAAGUUUUCACAAAAAUAUCAAUAAUUAGUAGUUUCCAAUGGGUCGGCAUCGCGCAUGUGACACCCCCUGUGUUGCAGGCGUCCAUAGGUUAUGGUGACCGCUUUCCAUCAGGCGGGCCGUAUACCUGUUUACCACCGACGUGGUAUAAAAAAAAAUAUCACCCACAACACUAUCUACCCUCAUAAGUAGUUCUAAACAGAUAUAACCUCAAAUUUUUCUCUUCUGGUACACAGAAAAGCUAAAUAUGACA